AUGGCGAACGCAGCGCUGGCCUUUUGUUUGUUCGGUUUCAUAGGAUCCUCUUCUAUUGGCGCUGAAACGACCGCACUCCGUUCCAAAUCUGUGGUCGUGAAAACCGAAAACGGUCCGGUCGAGGGUCAUCUGAUUUUACUGAACGAUUCGGUCGGAACAGCCUUCUUGGGCAUACCGUUCGCUGAGCCGCCCACAGGCAAGCUGCGGUUCAGAAAUCCGAUCCCGGCGAAGCCGUGGAACGGAACACUGAAAUGCGACCGCAUGUUCCCUCCAGACGUCAUCAUCCAGAACUUCGCCAGCAAAGGCAUUGUUUUCGUUACGGUUGGCUACCGUCUGAGCAUUCUUGGCUUUCUUGCCACUGGUGGUGCAGAGGCGAGCGGCAACUACGGCAUGCAAGAUAUCGUGGAAGGACUGCGAUGGGUACAGCGUGAAAUAAAAAACUUUGGCGGUGAUGCCAAAAGAGUGACGUUAAUGGGUCACAGUACAGGAGCAACCGCUGUAUCGUUGUUGACACUGUCCCCCGUGACAGCAGGCUUGUUCCAGCAAGCAAUAGUUAUGAGUGGAACGGCGUUUUCGCCCGGAGAGCUGCAGAACAACUCUGCACCAUACAUGAAGUGGAUAAAACGCGUUGGCUGCCUCAAGGUCGGAUUUCGAACGAGACCAACGGUCGAUGGACUCGGUGGGCUUUUUCCCGCUUCCGUCAAGCAGCUGGCCGCCCAACGAAGGCCCAUACCCUACAUGAUCGGAACUACGAGCAAAGAAUUCUCCGCCAAUUACAGCAGUACGUUAAAAAACUCAAACUUUUCGACGAAAUCUCUUUGCAAGACGGCCAUGCAACUGGCGGGAGUUAAGCAAAGGUUUUUUAAUGUCAUUAGGUGUGUCAUCAACUACUUUUGCAAGCCGUCUUUUCGGUCAAAACUGAACCAAAGUGCUUUAAUCGAACACCAAGCCGUAAAGCUGUUGUCCGACGUUACCCUCUACGUUCCUGUUUAUGAGGACGCAUCGAAUAUGAAAUCGCGCAAAGCAAACGUAUAUCUUUACAGCUUCGACUACGCGAAAAAGGGGUUAGAGGCGGAAGCGCCAUGGCACUCUAUGGACCUGACCUACGUCCUAGGAAUCCACCCGUUCAACUUCACUCAGCAAGAUCUUCAGAUCCAGGAAACAUACCUAAAUCUUAUACGCAAUUUCACCAUCUUUGGCGACCCAACCCCUAUGGCCACGGGCAAACAGAAGUGGAUACCGCUUAAAACCAGCCAGGCGUCCAACUAUUUUAGCAUCAAUGUGACCAGUGAGCAACGUUCCGCCUUCCGUCACGAAUCCCUGCAUUUCUGGCAGGAACUUGCGGAUGACGAAGACCCAGAAUCGCAAGAGGACGAAGACUAUGAAGACGAACGUUUAGAAGGGUAUUACAGCCCAAAGAACUUAGUCAAAUACGUCGAUGUCAUCUACGAAACAUGA